AUGACGAGCAUUGCCGGCGUAAAGCAGAAGAAGAAGCGGCGACCGAAGCUCGCGCCGCAGCUAGUGCGCGAGGUGUUCACGACUUCCACGUGUCGCUGCUUCGUGCUCAAGUCGUUCAGCGAGGGCAACUUCCACAAGAGCCUCAAGUUCGGCAUCUGGAGCACCACCACGCUGCACAACGCGCUGCUGGACCAGGUCUUUAAGAGCGACUUGACGGCAGUGAGGCCCGUUCUCUUCUUCUUCAGUGUCUGUGGCACAAAGCACUUCAACGGGGUUGCUCAGAUGACGUCAGGUGUGCGGACCGACUCGCAGUUCCAGCUCUGGGAGAAGCUCAAGUACGAAGGCUUCUUCCACGUCGAGUGGCUGCUGGUCAAAGACGUGCCCAACUACGUGUUCACGGGGGUCAAGAUGAGCAACACGCCCACGAAGAAGUCGAUCACGUCCUGCCGGGAUUGCGAGGAAGUAUUGUUCGAGGAGGCGAACGAGUUUCUUUCGAUCUUCACCGAGUUCGACAGCCGCUCGAGCGCUUGGGACGAUUUUGCACACUACGAUCAGCUUCAAGAGCAGCUCGAACGUAAGAGAGGGCUACAGUUGCCAGAAGGAGUCGACCGAGCAGACCUGGACUCGUACCUUGUCCCUCUCCAGUCAGCAGAGCCUUCAACCAUCUGA